UGGUGGCUGACAGAAAGACGUAAUGUACGUUAUCGGGAAGAAGGAUGAUGGUUUCCUCCCACACCACACCACGCUCUGCAAAGACAGCAAAGCUUUCUGGGCAUGGAUACACAUGGGAAUGAAUUGAUUGACUCUGCAAUGCAUGGACCUCGGCACUGGGAGAAGGAGACGGGCCGAACAAAUGAGUAAGUACCUGAGUUCGACUCUCAUCCCUACUGCGCAGACUCUGGUUCCAAAUUUGACAACCUGGCAGAGCAAUUUUAGCCUCAUUUCUUUUGGACAGAAGGGAACGAAGACACGCCGUCCAUUUUUUUAAUUGUAUUUUUUUUUUUACUGUCAUUAAUUGAACUGUGUGGAUGCAUCACGUUAAUUUCAGAAGACAUGCACAAGUGAUUCACCAAAUAACCUCAGGAUACAGUAUGUGUGGCGGCCAUUUUGGAUACCUUUACCCUUAGUUAACAGCAAGUAUACAACCUUAACCUAUUUUUAUAUGCAAUAAUAAUAAUAAUUAUAAUUAUAAUAAUAAUGAAAAUUAAAUGACUAUAUGAAUAUACAGUAAACAUGUUGUUUAUUUAUUAGUUAUUCUUCCCCCCCAAAAGACUCGACAAUACUGCCCACAUACACACACAUUUUUUUGACGCAUUACUUUUCUUUUAUUUUGAAAUAGAAAUGUAGCUUGCUUCACACAUCUGCCUAGGGCUGUGUAUGGAUCAGAGGACCAUUCUCAUUCCGAAUUGUGAUUUUUAAUCCUAAAUGCCGGUCCCUGGAUCCUGAGUCCUGGUUCUGAAUCCCGAGUCCUGGUUCUGAGUCCGAGUCCUGAGUCCUGGUUCUGAGUCCUUCAUGGGCGGGAAGAAGAAGAAGUCAGCGCCUGUCAGCUCAGCGGCUGGAGCGCCAGAUGCUGCAGCAAAGAAACAGCAGCAGCAGCAGCAACAGAAAACAAACUCCAAUAAAACUAAAGCACCAAAAACUUACACCCUUCCCAGCAGCAGCUCCUUUCAGGGAGACAGCAGUGGAGCUGCAGAGAAAUCAGUGCUCAAGGUGGUCAUUCAUCCUGACCUGGAGAAGAAAAUCGUCAAGCUGAUUAAUGACCACAGACAGGAGGAUGCAGGCAGAGGACCGAUAUCGGGCAGAAUCACCAGUAAAAAGCUGCUGGAUCUGUACACGGCUCUGCAGAAGUUUGGCUUUAAGACGCAGCACAUCGAGGAGGCCAUGAAGAGCAGCGUGUUGUACGGAGGCGACCUCCACUCAGCACUCGACUGGCUGUGUCUCAAUCUCAGAGACGACGAGCUGCCGGAGGGAUUCAGCCAGCGUUUACGUGAACAGGAGAACAGCAAGAGCCGAACCAAGUUUCAGGAUCAGCAGCAAGAGAAAAGCCGAGCAGUGACCCAAAACAAGAAUCCCAAACCUGAGGAACAGCAACGAGCAAAGGUGAAGGACGAUGGGAUGAGUGUGAAGGAGUGGAUUCUAAGAUACGCAGAAAAGAACGUGGAGGAGAGCAGCGAGGAAGAGGACGCGAGGAACGGAGACGAGUCUCACAGCCCAGAGACGGAUAAAAAAUUUGAUCCCAACGAACGCUAUCUGACGCUCACGGUUCAGCUGUGCCAAGCGAAGGAGAUGGCCUCCGACGCUAAAGCCAAGAAAGACAAAGCAGGACAGCGGAGUGCACAGGACCGCAUCCGGGUCAUACAGCAAGAGAUGAAACCGUUGGAGUCUCAUCCGCUGUUUAACCCAGAGAUCAAAGUGACAGAGGCUCCUACGGUACAGAAAAAACCUCCUGUGGUUGCUGAGAACGAUGAGCUCAACUUCAACCUGUUCGAACAAGCCAAUCAGACGCCGGCAGAGAAACCCGAAAAGACAAAGAAGGAGCCAAAGGACAUCCGUGAUUUUGACUACACGGGUCGCAGCUGGACGGGAAAGUCGCCCAAACAGUUCCUGAUCGACUGGUGCAGGAAGAACCUGCCUAAAAGCCCAGCACCAUCUUUCCAGAAAGUUCAGGCUGGGAGAUACUGGAAGUGCAAGGUGCGUAUUCAGAGGCCUGAUGAUCUGUUGGAGGUUUGUCCCACCAUCCUGACGGAGGACGGCAUGCAGGCGCAGCAUUUAGGAGCCACACUUGCUCUGUAUAACCUGGUGAAAGGGCAGUCUGUCCAUCAGCUCCUCCCUCCUCCGUACCGGGACGUUUGGUUGGAGUGGCGUGAUGGAGAGCAGCAGCAGGAGGAGCGCACUCGUUCAGCCAUUAACAAACCACGUGAUCAGUUUAUCUCCCACCUCCUCGCUCGGGUCAAACAGCAGCAGCCUCAGUUAGAGCCCUGCCCUACAGACCCAAGCCCCUCCCACUGCACCGAGGACUCGUGGGAAGCUCUGGCGGACAUGGAAGCGGAGGAAAAAGAGGACAAGAAGAAAGAAAAGGAGGAGAAGGAGGAGGAGGAGAAGUCGCGCUCGCUGUUUUUACAACUCCGUGGCUCAGAACUGGCACUCAGGUUGCUGCCCGAGCGCCAGCGGCUCCCUGUGUUUCAGCACCGUAUGCGAGUGCUCGAGGCUCUACAGCGCCACCGUGUGGUGGUCAUCGCAGGAGAGACAGGCAGCGGAAAAAGCACCCAAAUCCCCCAGUUCAUCCUCGAGGAGGUGCUGGGAAACAAGGAGGAUCCAGCAAGGCAGUGUAACGUGGUGGUCACUCAGCCAAGGAGGAUCUCCGCCAUGAGCCUCGCGAGCAGAGUAAACCAGGAGCUGGGGAGCGAGGACCAACCGGGGGGCAAGAACUCACUGUGUGGAUAUCAGAUCCGGAUGGAAAAUCGCUCCAGUGCGUCCACACGUCUCCUUUACUGCACCACUGGUGUCCUGCUAAGGAAACUACAACAAGAUCCACUCCUGUCCUCCAUCACACAUAUCAUCGUGGAUGAGGUCCACGAGCGCAGUGUGCAGUCGGAUUUCCUCCUCACCAUCCUAAAGGAUGUGGUUCACAAGCGUUCGAACCUGCAGCUCAUCCUCAUGAGCGCCACAGUGGACUGCAACAAAUUUGCUCUUUAUUUUAACCGCUGUCCCGUCGUCACCAUCCCCGGCAAGACCUUUCCUGUAGAGGUGUUUCACUUGGAGGACAUCGUGGAGGAGACGGGCUACGUGUUGGAGCAGGACUCUGAAUACAGUCAGAGAUUUGUGGAGGAAGAGGAGGAGAUCAGUGUCUCUGUCACACAGAAAGGAGGAAGAGCUGUGCAGUACCAGGAGAUGAUUGUGCGCGACCCCGGGGCAUGCUGGGAUCUGGGACCGGAACUGGAUCACUUCAGCAGCCGAACACGUCACGCUCUGCAGCACAUGAACCCCAAUAAGAUCAACAUGGAGCUUGUCCUGAAGCUGCUCGAUUACCUGAAUGAGUCGCCCCAGUUUGCGGUGAUGGAUGGCGCUGUGCUGCUCUUCCUUCCUGGCCUGGCUCAUAUUCAGCAGCUCUACGACCUUCUCGCCACCGACAAGAGGUUCAGCUGUAAGGACAGGUACAUGCUGGUAGCUCUGCACUCGACACUCUCGUCCCAGGAGCAGGCCGCAGCGUUUACAGUGCCCCCUGCUGGAGUCAGGAAGAUUGUUCUGUCUACAAACAUCGCUGAAACCGGAGUCACCAUUCCAGAUGUGGUGUUCGUUAUCGACACGGGGAAAACGAAAGAAAAUCGGUAUCAUGAAGGCAGUCAGAUGAGCUCUCUGGUGGAAACGUUUGUGAGUAAAGCGAGCGCAGUCCAGAGGCAGGGCCGAGCAGGACGCGUCCAGAACGGCUUCUGCUUCCGCCUCUACACUAAAACCAGGUUUAACAGUUUUAUCGAUUACGCAAAACCAGAGAUCCUCAGAGUGCCACUAGAGGAGCUCUGCCUUCACAUCAUGAAGUGUGAGUACGGCUCACCAGAGGACUUCCUGUCUUGUGCCCUGGAUGCGCCCCCUCAGCAGGCUGUGUGUAAUGCCGUGGCCAUGUUGAGAAAGAUCGGCGCAUGUCAGAGGGAGAGUUACAAACUCACACCGCUCGGCCUUCACCUCGCCUCGCUGCCUGUCAACGCCAAGAUCGGCAAGAUGCUCAUCUUCGGCGCCAUCCUGGGCUGUCUGGAUCCGGUUGCCACCAUAGCAGCUGCCAUGUCAGAGAAGUCACCCUUCUCCACUCCCAUGAACAGGAAGGAGGAGGCCAACCUGGCCAGAGACGCUUUAGCAACAGCCAACUCUGAUCACCUGACCAUCUAUAACGCCUACCAAGGGUGGAAGAAAGUGAGUCGUGAUGGUCUGCGUGCUGAAAUGUCCUACUGCAGGAAACACUUCCUGAACCGAACCGCUCUCAUCACCAUCGAGAGCGUGAAGCAGGAACUCAUCCGGAUGGUGCAGCAGACCGGUCUGAGCAGCGCCUCUCUACCCUCGUUCUCCAAACAGGAAGUGCCGGUUGUAGUGGCCGUCCUGAGCGCAGGUGUAUAUGAUAACGUAGGGCGUAUACUCCCUGUACCCUCCGUCAUCCCUGAGGAGCGUGUCGCCUGUAUGGUGGAGACGCUGCAGGGAAAGGCGCAGGUCCAUCCAUCCUCCGUUAACCGUAACCUCCAGACACAUGGCUGGCUGCUUUAUCAGGAGAAGGUGAAAUACUCAAAGGUGUAUUUGCGCGACACCACCCUCACGUCUCCGUUCCCCAUCCUGCUCUUUGGAGGUGACAUCGAUGUUCAACACCGGGACAGACUCGUCUCUGUGGACGGAUGGAUUCACUUCCAGGCCCCGGUCCGGAUCGGUGUGAUCUUCAAACACCUGCGUCAGCUCCUUGACUCGCUGUUGGAGAGAAAGCUGGCGAACCCUAAACUCAGCCUGGAAGGUGAGAAGACCAUACAGAUCAUUCUCGAGUUGAUUAAAUCAGAGAAAACGCCACGCUGAAGCUCCCGAGUCCAUAACAAAGUGGACUUAAGCUCAUCAGCUUGUGUGCGUGAGCAGAAAAAUACACUUCAGUGAUAGAAACGGCAUGGAAGCUUGAACCUUUUACAUCAGGAUCGAGUGUGUAACCGUGAUAAGCUCCUCACCGAGCUGUGUAAUGUGUAUGAGAUGAUUUGAGAGGAUUUUUCAUGGAUAACCAAGUAUAAAUAAAAAAUGUUUAUUAACCCAGUCAA